CCGGGCCCCCCGCUCGUCGACGACUUCUACUACGACUACAACUUCAUCAACUUCCACGAGGACCUGUCCUACGGGGCCUUCGACCAGCCCGGCCCCGACGUGGCGGGCACAGGUGGCGGGGCGCCCCCACCCCCCAGCGUGCCUGCCAGCCCCCCCGGCAGCACCCCCACACCUGCCAUGGGGCCUCCUGGGGCUGAGGACCAGGGGUCCUGGGGCGCGUCCCCUGCCCCUCAGCCCCGCCAGACGGACCGCUCCCCACCCCCGAGCUCGGAGCUGGCCCCAGCGAACCCCCCUGCCAGCUUGGCUGACCCCGGUGCCCCCAGCGGGGCUCCGAGCCCCGGGCUCCGGGGCUUGCCCCAGCCCCCCACCUCUGUGGGCGGGGCAGAGACCCCGGUCGCCUCCGGGGCCCACUACGACUUCCGGGGGGCCGAGGGCAGCGAGGAUGGGCCGCCCCCGCCCCAGUGGGGGGAGACCAACGAGGUUUCUGAGGACGGGGAGGAAGCCUGGGGCUCCGGCGCCAGGGCCCUGCUCCCCCGGCCCCACCCCACGGCCCCUCUGUCUCCUGGGGGCGCGGCUCCCUUCACCCGCCGUCCCAACACUGUGGAGCAGGGGAGGCCGCCAACCACGUCUUGGGGGCCAGUGGAGCAUGGGUUACAGCCCACCGUGGGGGACGGGGCCCCCUCGCUCCCCGCUCCCCUGCCUGCCGCGCCCCCGCCGGGAGUCUGGGGCAGGGCCAGCUCUGCCCCGGGCUGGGAGCCUCCCAGCCUGCGGACCCCGGUGGUGGGGGGACCGCCCCUCCUGGCCGGCACAGCGGGCCCACCUGCGGCCACUGCCAGGACCCCGGGGCCCUGGGGUCCCCCAGCGUCCCCCGACCCCGUGCUGCCCCCCACACCUGCAUAUCCCCGCUGGGCCCACAGCAGCAUCGCCCCUGAAGCCUGGCCCGGGGACCCCGGGCUCGCUGAGGGGGCGCCGUCCACUGGCCUGCCAUCCGCCGGGAACGCCAGCUGGUCAGUGGGCAACUGGAGCCAGGCAAGUGCUGGGGCGCCGCGGGGGGCGCGACUGGGGGGGGUGGAACCCGCUGCCUGGGCGCGGGGUGCAGCCUGGGGAUUCCCGUCGGGAACCGGGGCCACUCAGCGUGCGGUCACUCCGUGCCUGGCGGCCGCGGCGUCCCCUCAGAAACCUGCCUGUGUCCCUGGCGCCGGGGCUGGCGGCCGGGUGGGGCAACGCGUGGGCUCCCGGCCCUGCAACACCCAGCCCUGUGCCCAGUGGGCGGUGGGGCCCUGGGGCCAGUGCUCGGCCGCCUGCGGCGUAGGCGUCCAGCGGCGCUUGGUCAAGUGUGUCAACUCCCAGACCGGGCUGCCGGAGGAGGACAGCGGUCAGUGCGGCCACGAGGUUGGGCCGGACAGCGUGCGGCCCUGCAGAACCCAGGCCUGCCAGCCCCCCGCGCCUGCCCACUGCGAGGGGGACCGCCUGGCCUUCGGCUUCUGCGAGACGCUGCGCCUGCUGGGCCGCUGCCAGCUGCCCACCAUCCGCGCCCAGUGCUGCCGCUCGUGCCCCGCGCCAGGC